AUGCCCAACUCACUCCCCUUCUCUCCCAUUCACCCACCCAAGGGGUUUCAGCCCCUUCUCUCCCAUUCACCCACCCAAGGGGUUUCAGCCCCUUCUCUCCCAUUCACCCACCCAAGGGGUUUCAGCCCCUUCUCUCCCAUUCACCCACCCAAGGGGUUUCAGCCCCUUCUCUCCCAUUCACCCACCCAAGGGGUUUCAGCCCCUUCUCUCCCAUUCACCCACCCAAGGGGUUUCAGCCCCUUCUCUCCCAUUCACCCACCCAAGGGGUUUCAGCCCCUUCUCUCCCAUUCACCCACCCAAGGGGUUUCAGCCCCUUCUCUCCCAUUCACCCACCCAAGGGGUUUCAGCCCCUUCUCUCCCAUUCACCCACCCAAGGGGUUUCAGCCCCUUCUCUCCCAUUCACCCACCCAAGGGGUUUCAGCCCCUUCUCUCCCAUUCACCCACCCAAGGGGUUUCAGCCCCUUCUCUCCCAUUCACCCACCCAAGGGGUUUCAGCCCCUUCUCUCCCAUUCACCCACCCAAGGGGUUUCAGCCCCUUCUCUCCCAUUCACCCACCCAAGGGGUUUCAGCCCCUUCUCUCCCAUUCACCCACCCAAGGGGUUUCAGCCCCUUCUCUCCCAUUCACCCACCCAAGGGGUUUCAGCCCCUUCUCUCCCAUUCACCCACCCAAGGGGUUUCAGCCCCUUCUCUCCCAUUCACCCACCCAAGGGGUUUCAGCCCCUUCUCUCCCAUUCACCCACCCAAGGGGUUUCAGCCCCUUCUCUCCCAUUCACCCACCCAAGGGGUUUCAGCCCCUUCUCUCCCAUUCACCCACCCAAGGGGUUUCAGCCCCUUCUCUCCCAUUCACCCACCCAAGGGGUUUCAGCCCCUUCUCUCCCAUUCACCCACCCAAGGGGUUUCAGCCCCUUCUCUCCCAUUCACCCACCCAAGGGGUUUCAGCCCCUUCUCUCCCAUUCACCCACCCAAGGGGUUUCAGCCCCUUCUCUCCCAUUCACCCACCCAAGGGGUUUCAGCCCCUUCUCUCCCAUUCACCCACCCAAGGGGUUUCAGCCCCUUCUCUCCCAUUCACCCACCCAAGGGGUUUCAGCCCCUUCUCUCCCAUUCACCCACCCAAGGGGUUUCAGCCCCUUCUCUCCCAUUCACCCACCCAAGGGGUUUCAGCCCCUUCUCUCCCAUUCACCCACCCAAGGGGUUUCAGCCCCUUCUCUCCCAUUCACCCACCCAAGGGGUUUCAGCCCCUUCUCUCCCAUUCACCCACCCAAGGGGUUUCAGCCCCUUCUCUCCCAUUCACCCACCCAAGGGGUUUCAGCCCCUUCUCUCCCAUUCACCCACCCAAGGGGUUUCAGCCCCUUCUCUCCCAUUCACCCACCCAAGGGGUUUCAGCCCCUUCUCUCCCAUUCACCCACCCAAGGGGUUUCAGCCCCUUCUCUCCCAUUCACCCACCCAAGGGGUUUCAGCCCCUUCUCUCCCAUUCACCCACCCAAGGGGUUUCAGCCCCUUCUCUCCCAUUCACCCACCCAAGGGGUUUCAGCCCCUUCUCUCCCAUUCACCCACCCAAGGGGUUUCAGCCCCUUCUCUCCCAUUCACCCACCCAAGGGGUUUCAGCCCCUUCUCUCCCAUUCACCCACCCAAGGGGUUUCAGCCCCUUCUCUCCCAUUCACCCACCCAAGGGGUUUCAGCCCCUUCUCUCCCAUUCACCCACCCAAGGGGUUUCAGCCCCUUCUCUCCCAUUCACCCACCCAAGGGGUUUCAGCCCCUUCUCUCCCAUUCACCCACCCAAGGGGUUUCAGCCCCUUCUCUCCCAUUCACCCACCCAAGGGGUUUCAGCCCCUUCUCUCCCAUUCACCCACCCAAGGGGUUUCAGCCCCUUCUCUCCCAUUCACCCACCCAAGGGGUUUCAGCCCCUUCUCUCUCACUCACCCACCUAAGGGGUUUCAGCCCCUUCUCUCCCACUCACCCACCCAAGGGGUUUCAGCCCCUUCUCUCUCACUCACCCUCCCAAGGGGCUUCAGCCCCUCCUCACCUUCUCUUGCCAGCAAGAGGAGCAGCAGACAGCCCAUUUCCUUUGGAAACAGCACCCUCAGGGGCUGCGCCUUGUGGGGCGAGGAGUGGUAG